ACGAAAAAUCUACAAUUGGCCGGUUGCCAUAUUUAAUCCAAAAUUAUUUUUCGCCAUCUUCUUCCUCCGAAUCCCCCCCCUCUCUCUCACUAGAAGUAUAUACAUAUAUGCAGGUCACAGAGCAUAUGCGCCUCCUUUAUCGCGCUCCAUAUCCGCACGCACUUUCUUCUGUCUGAAAAAGAAGUACCAACAUUUCUGCGCCCAAUUCUCAAAAGCCUCAAAAAGCUCCGGCCGAGAGAGAAGAGGAGAGCAAUUAUUGCCUCUAUCUUUGGGGAAACUGUGAUAGCUGAAGAUAGGAGCCCCCAAGGUAUAGCGUUGUUCUGAAGAACCUGUCAUUUGAAGAGUUUAUACAAUGUCAAGCUCCGUGAAAGAGUUGGAACCUGCAUUUCAGGGAGCAGGCCAAAAAGUUGGGACUGAGAUUUGGAGAAUUGAAAAUUUCCAACCAGUUCCUUUACCUAAAUCUGAUUACGGAAAAUUCUAUUCAGGGGACUCUUACAUCAUCUUGCAGACAUCUCCUGGUAAAGGUGGGGCCUAUUUGUAUGACAUACAUUUCUGGCUUGGAAAAGAUACGAGCCAGGAUGAAGCUGGAACAGCUGCAAUUAAAACUGUAGAACUCGAUGCAAUUCUUGGUGGGCGAGCAGUACAGCACAGAGAAAUCCAAGGUCAUGAAACUGAUAGAUUCUUAUCGUACUUCAAGCCCUGCAUUAUACCACUGGAAGGUGGGAUUGCAUCUGGGUUUAAGAUGGUGGAGGAAGAAAAUUUUGAAACACGCUUAUAUAUUUGUAAAGGAAAAAGGGUUGUCAGGUUGAAACAGGUCCCAUUUUCCCGCUCAUCACUCAACCACGACGAUGUGUUCAUUCUGGAUACUAAAGAUAAGAUAUAUCAGUUCAAUGGUGCAAACUCUAAUAUCCAGGAGAGGGCCAAAGCGUUAGAAGUGAUUCAGUUUUUGAAAGAAAAGUAUCAUGAGGGAAAGUGUGAUGUUGCUAUUGUCGAUGAUGGAAAUCUACAAGUUGAAUCAAAUUCUGGUGAAUUUUGGGUGCUUUUUGGAGGGUUUGCCCCAAUUAGCAAGAAGGUUGCCACUGAAGAUGAUAUUAUUCCAGUGAAGUCCCCUCCCAAACUUUUUAGCAUAAGUGAUGGUCAAGCUAAUCAAGUGGAGGGCGAACUUUCAAAGUCUUGUUUGGAAAAUCACCUAUGUUAUUUAUUAGAUUGUGGUGAUGAGGUAUUUGUUUGGGUGGGACGUGUAACACAAGUGAAUGAGAGGAAAUCUGCUAUUCAAACAGCAGAGGAUUUUGUUGCCUCUCAAAAUAGGCCCAAGUCGACACGUAUUACUCGACUUAUUCAAGGUUAUGAGACUCAUUCUUUCAAGUCCAAGUUUGAUUCAUGGCCAUCUGGUUUGGCACCUGCUCCUGAGGAAGGAAAAGGAAAGGUUGCAGCUUUGCUCAAGCAACAAGGCAUAGGGGUCAAAGGGGCAAACAAAAGUGUCCCUGUGAAUGAGGAAGUACCCCCUUUGCUAGAAGUAGGAAAAGUAGAGGUUUGGUGCAUUAAUGACCGUGCUAAGACUCCGGUUCCCAAAGUUGAUAUUGGUAAAUUCUACAGUGGAGAUUGCUAUGUAGUUUUAUACACCUAUAACUCUCAUGACAAGAAAGAAGAUUAUUACCUGUGCUGGUGGAUUGGAAAGGAUAGUGUUGAGGAGGACCAAAAGAUGGCUUCUAAGUUGGCUACCUCAAUGUGCAAUUCACUGAAAGGAAGACCUGUACUGGGUCGUAUAUUUCAAGGGAAAGAGCCACCACAGUUUGUUGCCAUCUUCCAGCCCUUGGUGAUCCUUAAGGGUGGACUAAGCUCUGGAUACAAGAACUAUAUUGCAGAUAAAGGUCUAAAUGAUGAAACUUACACGGCUGAUUCAGUUGCUCUUAUCCAAAUAUCUGGGACUUCUGUGCAUAAUAAUAAAGCCAUUCAUGUUGAUGCGGUGGCAACUUCAUUGAACUCAAAUGAAUGUUUUCUUGCUCAAUCUGGUUCUUCAAUGUUCACUUGGCAUGGAAACCAGAGCACACAUGAGCAACAACAGUUGGCUACUAAGAUUGCUGACUUCUUGAAGCCAGGAGUAGCAUUGAAGCAUAAUAAAGAAGGAACUGAGAGCUCGGCUUUCUGGUUUGCUCUAGGAGGGAAACAAAGUUACACAAACAAGAAAGUGCCAACAGAAGUGGUCCGUGAUCCCCAUUUGUUUACAUAUUCUAUGAACAAAGGAAAACUUGAGGUUGAAGAAGUGUACAACUUCUCCCAAGAUGAUCUGUUGACUGAGGACAUAUUGAUACUAGACACGCAUGCUGAAGUGUUUGUUUGGGUCGGUCAGUCAACGGACCCGAAUGAGAAACAAAAUGCUUUUGAAGUUGGUCAGAAAUACACUGAGAUGGCUGCAUCUUUGGAGGGGUUAUCACCUCAUGUUCCAUUGUAUAAACUCACAGAAGGAAAUGAGCCUUCCUUCUUCACUACGUUCUUUUCUUGGGAUCCUGCAAAAGCUAGCGUACAUGGAAACUCGUUCCAGAAGAAGGUCAUGCUAUUAUUCGGUGCAGGUCAUGCCACAUCGAAUCAGGCAAGAUCCAAUGGGGCAAAUCAGGGAGGAGCAACUCAAAGAGCUUCAGCCUUGGCUGCUUUGAAUUCUGCAUUCAGUUCAUCUUCCUCAACAAAACCUAUUUCGUCCUCAAAACCAGUAGCAAUAAGUCAGGGAUCUCAAAGGGCUGCUGCUAUAGCUGCUCUGUCUUCUGUCCUCACUGCUGAAAAGCAACCAACCGAGGCCCAUCCAUCACGUGUAGUUAAAAGUCCACCACAAGAAACAAGUGAAGAUUUCAAAGAAUCUCCUGAAGUCAAGGAAACAGAGGUUGCUGAUUCUGCCGUCGGAAUUGAUUGGGUUGAAUCCAAACCGAAACCAGAGCAAGAACAGGAGGACAAGAGUGAAUGUGGUCAGACUAUAUUUAGCUAUGAACGGCUGAAGGCUAAAUCCAUCAACCCUGUCACCGGGAUUGAUUUUAAGCGCAGAGAGGCUUAUCUCUCAGAUGAGGAAUUUGCGACUGUUCUCGGGGCAACAAAAGAGGCAUUCUAUAAGCUGCCCAAAUGGAAACAAGAUAUGCUCAAACGGAAAGUCGACCUCUUUUAGAUGCAGGCAUUGAAUCUCGAGCAUUUGUUCGACUCGUGAUGCGUUUGGAUGGCCUAGUUCUUGGUACUUUUGGGUUUUUGGUCAUGUCUUUCCUGCCUGAAAAAGUUAAAGUUUUUCCCUAUUACCUAUUGCUGGCUUGCCUUGGUCUGAAGCUUUUAGUUAUGAAGAUUGCCAUAUUCUUGAUUCUUUGAUUUGAUUAGCAUGUAAUGGUCCAUUUUUUUAAGAUCAUUUAUUCUUCUUUUUUUUAAAAUUUCAUUAAAAGGGUGUAUAUGUAUUUUAAAAUAAAUCAUUACUUGGUAUUGUGAAAUAUAGAAAGUGGUAUUGU